AUGUUGAAGUUCGCAGUUCAACCAGGGGCCCAAAACCAACAGGGCCAGGGUUCGACCCAACCCUCAAACAACAACAAUGUGCAUGUCCACAGUGACAAAUCGGAUAGCAAUAACAACGAAACGCACAACGAGCAUAGCAACCGGACCGGAGAAACGGGAAAGAAAGGUGACUACCACGACUGUGCCAUCUGUUCUGCUCGCCGCCUGGUUAUCACGAAAGAGAAGAGUCUCGUCCGCCGGGCCAGAUCGAGAUCACGUGAUCGCCUUCAACGUCAUCGUACGACCAGCACAGAGGCAUCAAACACCUGCAGCGACCAGUCAUCGACCGACAUCGUCAGUGAUUCGUCAUCAACGGAUGCGCCCACGGUCAUAGAGCGGAAUCGCGACAGCAACGAGAGGUUGGAAGCGAGAGACAAUAAUCAGAAUGUCAGUAGUAUCGAUGAUGUCGACAAUAGAUGUUCGUCAGCGAAAGACACAAAAGUACAUGGGCUCUCUAAAACAAAAGUAUGGAGGAGUAUGGAUGAAACAUCGACGUCGAGUUCGGAUGGUGAUUCCUCGACAGCGAGUAACGUGAAGAGGUCGCGGUCGAGCAGUCGCGGGAGAAAAAGGACACCAUCAUCCAGUGCAGAAAAGUCGCGGGGAAGUAUCGACAGCGGGAGCGACAAUGGUCGUAGAUCGCGCUCCCACAGCAAAGGUAGGAAGCGAUCAACUUCGUCACUAGACAAUACUAGGAAUAUAAACAAUUCUGUAAGCAGUGAUACGGAGGGGAAAGACUGUCAAAAUCACAAAUCUAGACCCAUUAGCCGCGGUCGAUCGAGUUCAAAGCAAUGUGUGGUUAGUGACACUGAAUUACUUGGAAAGAACAGCUCAGAAAGUGAAAAUGAAAUCGGUCGCAUGCCACAUUCGAAAAGUGGUGGCCGAAUCGACUUGAGGGCGAUCACCGGGGAAUCUAAAUACCGUGAGAGCUGUUUGACAGAUGUCAGGCGCCGGGGUAGUCCAUCACAUUCUGCAACGCAAUCAUUACGCAAGGCUUCUCGCGGGAUAAAAGACAGAGAUGUGGAGAGCUGUGAUGAGUCACGCAGACACAGUGACCCCGCUGAGAUGAUCAGAGUGAAAGCUACCAUUGAAACCGAUCGAAGAUGCUCAUUACCAGCACCGGAGGCCGAGGGACUCACGUGUGCCAACUAUAAAGUACCUCGAAUUAGCAGCGUUGUGCGAAAGGCUACAAUUCGGAAAUGCCGAUCGGAGCUUGACGGCUUCCUUUCAGACAGUAAAUCCUCAAGCAGUAGUUCGGACGCGGAGUCGACAUCGAGUGGGCGACACUCGACCACCAGCGAACUUGACCACGUUUCUAGCGAAGUCAUUUACGAGUGCGACGAAGACUCCGCCAGCUGCGUGUCGGUCGCCGGUAGUUGUGCGUCCGAUAAUAGUUUGAUGUCGACGUCAUCAAGUCGUAGCGGGACAUCAAAUGACAUCAAAAACCUGCCAUCAUUGAGUGACGAGGCGCCCUCUACGCCUAGCACUCCUCUGGAUGAUAAUGCAGACUCGCCCAUACAAGCAUUCUGCUCUCGUUCAUCAUCUCUCAAUGUGUCAUGUUCCGCGUACUGCUCAGAUUCUGGAGUUAGCUGCUUUGAUAGCAUCAGCCCGCUUGCUUCACAGACAAGAACGGCGGUAUUAAAGACUGGAGAAAAAACGGUUGCACGCGUUCGACGGUUAAACACAAAAACGCGUCGCUCUAACGCCGGUAGCUUGUCACAUCGGCGGGACGAUAAUCGGGCAAUCAAAGACGACAACUCGACACAUUUGAACAGCAGAGAACUGGAGAUGCUCAUCGUCGGCAGUUGCUUUGGGACUGGGAAGUGCUUCGAUUCGCACGAUACCAGCGACUAUGAGUCCGAACCUGGAUGCGAGUCCCUGUCUGAUUUUGAUUGCCAGCCGAAGAACAAGCGGUCUUCGCUGGAAGAAUCGAGUGUUGAGUCGACGCCAAGCAAAACAGCGGCAAGCCGGUUAGCUGGAUCCGGUCAAUCCUACUCUCCGGUCAAAGCAUCGCGUGAUCGUUACCGCACCGAACUUGCCAAGAUGCCCAAGUCAGACUUCCGGUACAAGGUCGUGAUGCAGCACUCACACAAAGCUCUCUCUUCCAUUGAACUUACUCUCAAGGCUGGGGCUUCUGUCUAUCUACAUCAUAAAGAAUUAGAAAUCUUAAGGACACAAGCACCCAUUUGGGUAAUGGCAUACUCUAAGUCUCUUGGACGGAUUGGAUUCGUUCCUGCUGUCUAUGUUAAUAUCAGACUAGAGGAUAUAAUGUGAACAUACCCAUUAUUCAUAAAUAAUUAUUGUUCUUUCUGUAUAAUAUUUGAGUUAUCAUACAGUAUAUAAAUUAUGUAUAUUACGUGUGCUGUAGAUAAACAUUAUUGUUUUUUUAUGUUUGAAUAAUAUGUAUGGGAAUUCGGAAUGAUUUCCAUCGAGUAGUUUUAUACAUAAAUAUUGUAUUUAUUAAUUGCCACUCUCUUUCCCAUUUUGUCCAACCGUUUGAUUGUUUUUGGACUUUUUUUUUUCAUUCGAAAAGUUGGGGGGAUUUGCAGGUGUUUAAAACUUCAUAAGUAAACCUUGACGGUGUAAUGAUUUGAAAGUAAUUAAGAAGGUUCGAAUUGAGAUUCAUGACAAGAUAUACAGUACAUUUUCGACGAAGUGUUGUAAUGAAAUUUUGUGAUAGAUAGUACUGCCAGCAUGGUCAUUGAAUCAUGUGGUGUUUCUUAUUGUGCUCAUAUAACCAUGGACGAGGUAGAAAGAUAUAUAACCCAUUAUCUCCAUCCCAAACCUACUUAAAACGCAUGCUAUCUACAUUCUUUUUUGUUUAGAAUUUCAAUCGCAAAGUAUUAUUACUUUAUUUAUGACAAAAUAUGUCAAUUUUUAAGCGCCAAUUCCAUUGACGAAAUGUUUUUCCCGUAACUGUCUACAAAUGGUAUUUACAUAAUUUGCCUACCAUGAUGACUUUCAUCACGAUUUCGACAUUUACCAACGGUGAUUUUUUUUUCUUUCUUUUUCCUCCAAGUUAAUAUUUGUUUGUUAUUCCCUAAACUAGUAAAUAGGUCUUAUACCACAUGCACAUGUUAACUUACUCGAUGAAAAUUGGGUGUACUUCAGAUUCUAUUGUUACGUCACCACGUAGUCAACAAAAUAUUUUUCAAUGGUGAAACCUAUGCGUCAAAGAAUGUUAUGUUUGCGUAAUUAUUGAUAUUUAUUCGUUUGAAAUCGGGUGAUGAGAUAGAAAUAUGUCAAAAACAAAGCUAAUUAUCCCCGUAAUUAUCACAAUUCCCCGUGCAAAAUUGACGUUUCAAGCAUAGUUUGUUAUAUUAUCAAUGAAAGUGGGAGUAUUAUCAUUCUGCAUGGUUUGGCAAGGAAAGUGAAAAUAAUGGAUGAAUCAUCGUAGUAUAUCAAUGACGACGUUUUUUAUUUAAGUUGCGUCACUGCAAUAAUGCACAAUAGGGCUAAUAAUGUCACGAAUCACACAACAGGUCACUAACUAUACCAUUUUUUUUCUUUACUCCAUACAUUGACAUUCGAUCAGUGAGGUUUAAUUUGGUGGGGUUUUUUUUGAAAUUUUGUAAUCUUUGACUUUUGCAUAAUUUUGUUACGGUCACGCUUUUCAUGUCAUCAUCGAGUGUUAGUCAAUACAUGUAGUCAUAAUAAGGACAAAAAGGUUGUGAAGCCAUUAAUGACGUCACAUGGUGAGCCUAACAUGCAUUUUGCAUGUUACAAUGCAAUUCAAUUUUGUUCCAUCUUCGUGUUUACAUUGCAUUUUGGUGUUUCCAUUUAUUCCUUUUGUUCUAAACUGGUAUUUGUUUUGUCUAGACUUAUUUUAAAAUCAAAAUGUCUUUAAUACAUGCGUACCUGCAACAACUCGCCUUAUUUGAUUUAUCCAUAACUAAUUCUUAUCCAAUAUCGUCAUGUAGCGUUAUGACUUUAUAAUGUAUGUUGCAUUUUCAACAAUCCAGACAUAGGCUACGGGGUAUUUAAGAGAAAUGAAUAUUUUUUCUAUUGUAGUACAAAUAAUUUUUAAGUGAUAUUAUAUAAAUCAUCAACUCUAGUUUCACGUGAUGAGACGUACAUAAUUUCUAAAUAACUUUUUGGUGAGACAUACUGUCACUUCCUCGGCAGCAUUAUGAAUAUACGCUCUUUCAUCAAGCUUCAUUUUGAAAAUAUAACUUAAUCUGUAACAUUUCCUGACUCUGUCCAAUUUGCACGAGGAUACAUUCGUACCAUAUGCAUUUCAUUUUGAAAUUAGUAUCCGAAAAUGAUAAUCCUUAUGUACCUCAUUAUCUGUCAUCAUUAUAUUUAUGCAGUACUUGUCACAUGACGAUGCCGCCUGUGUCUCAAUUAAGAUGAACAUUAACCAUGUUAACAGUAUAAUAGACGAAGGUUUAUGUAAUCUAAUACCUCAGUCACAUUUGCUCUACGGCAGCCGUACGGCGAGUCGAAAACAGCCGUUUAAAAAAAAUUGUGGCAGCUACAUAUAGGGGGUUUGAAUAAAAAUGAAUAAAAACGGCUGCUUGCGACUCGCCGUAAGUCCGCCGAAAGGGAAAUAUGACUGCGGCCAUUAAUGAACAGUAUCGACUCAUCUACGCUUUGAUGACAUGGUUUCAUCUUUCCGAAGCCCAACGAUUAUUAAUGUGGUUUAUACUUGGAUACAAAUUAAGUACAGUAAUAGUAUUUAUUGACCCACCUGCAUUUUGUAUGCACUUUGUUAUCGAUGUCAUUCCCUUUGUGCUGAAACUUUAUCAUGAAUUAAAAUGUAAACCUUUGUUUUGAGAGCAACGAGGGCAGUUAGAAAUCAAUCAUUCUAAUUUCAUUAACGCCCUUCUGACCCUAAAUGAAAUGUAAACCGUGUUAUAAGUGGUACUACCUCCAUUUCGAUAUGUAUAAGGAAUGGACCCUCAAGUAAAUUGCUGAAAUGUAUCUCAGUUUAUGACCAAAUAUUUCUUUGUCUUGUAUAUACAUCAAUGUAUUUAUGAAGUUGUUUCAAACAACCUUCCCUGUGGAAAAUAUAUAUCAAAA